AUGCAAAAAAAAUCUAACAAGCGAUUGAAACAUCAUAUCGAAAAAUUUCUAAAUGAUUCAGAUCAUAAUAAUAUAAAUAUACCAAAUUCUCAUAUGAUGCUUGAUGAUAAUUAUUUUGGUUUAAAACCUGUAGAGGUUAUAGAAAUGACCAAUGAGUAUGCUAGUAGUCAAGAUCGAUUAUUUUUAACACAACGAGAAAUUAUAGAAAAGCAAAAUGAAGAAAGCUGUCAUCUCAAUAAAGAGAAUGA